CGAUUGAGUUACCGAUUAAUUACAAUACAAUCGGGGCCUUACGAGGCUUUCCCCUUUAUUCAUCUUACUCUCUCAUUGUAUCAACAAUACAUUGCGUGAGUAUAGAAGAAUUCGUUAGUUUAUCAGACCCAGCAAUCAUUGCUGGCGUUGCUCUCGCCAACGUUCUUCCUUUACACGAUUGUCUCUCUUUUUGAACUGAGCCAUGGCCCGAGUUCGCAAGGCAACCGGUCCUACCCGGAAGGGAGCGACCGAAAUGGUGCCGGAGGAGCGAGUGGAAGAAGAAACGCCCUUUGAGGCCGUUGAGUCGCCGUCCAAGGACAGUGACAAUGAGACGCAACCAUCGUCCAUGGGCGAUGAUAAUGACUCACAGUCUGAGAUCGAGUCGUACAAGAUUGAUACCGACAUUGAUUUCAAGUACAACCCAAACUUUUUUGAGGACAAGAAAGCCCUUGAAAGUGUUCUAAGGAAUACUAUGGGAUUUGGAGAUAUCCAUGUGAAGUCACUCCAAAACGAAGGUUUGAAGACCGCAAAUGAUUUCUUGCUUAUUUCUAUGAGUGACAUCAAUGAUCUUUGCGACAAGCUUUUGUUUGCAACAGUUUACAGGGCUCGCCUACGGGCAUUUGCUACAUGGUUACGUAGUCAACCCGACAACAUAAAUAUUACCCAAGAAUGGACAAUUCCAGUUAUGCAAUUGGAAAUGCAGAUGAAGGCGCAAGCGUCUCCAUCAAAGCGGCAAAGCGUAGAGCGUCUACGGACCCGCGCACGGCUAAAAGAGCCAAGACUAGUAAUUCGGCACGCCGGACAUCAGACUGAUGACAUUCCGAAGUUUUUAUCCCAAGGGAAAUCUCUUCACGGAAUUGAAACAAUUGAUGGCGACUACAUUCCUUUUGAAUUGAAGGGACGCACAUCAUUGUUGUACUCACGAGUACCUACUCGCCAUGAGCUUGAGAACUGCCUGCACAUUGAUCUCACAUCUGAUCAACCCUGGGAUCCAAACAGCAAAGACUGGGAGGAUAAUGAGCAGCGCUACACGCGUCAUGACCGACAACGGAAUGCACGCUAUACCGCAACUGAUAAUGCGGAUGAGGAGAACUUUUACCAUGGGUAUUUCUCUCUCCCUGACUCUAAGGAGUUCCCGGUUCUACCGGCAAACAAUAAUGUUAUGAACCCACAUGAUGUCGUACGCGAGAUCAAAUAUGCUACUGCACGGGUUUCAAAAUCUAGCCCACGGGAUCUAGAUGUCGAUCGAGACAAACUUCGCCGCAUCCUGGGACAUGUUCCUAUGGAAGUAGUUGACCGAACACUGGAAGCUACAACACAACUUGCGGAACGCUCUGGCAAAAUGCCACUGCAUCGACGUUUUAAAACGAAGUUUGAACAAUUGCGAUACCGCCGGUUGAAGUGUACGUUAUAUAGCGACACUUUCAAAUCUACUGUUAAAUCCUCCCGAGGACACACGCAUACCCAAGGGUUUGUAUGUGGUGAUUCUUACUUUGUAUACCACUUUCUUAUGAAAGCGGAAUCCGAAGCAGACCAAGGUCUUGCGUCAAUUAUACAAGAUAUAGGAAUUCCGGCACAAAUUCACACCGACAACGCAAAAGUGGAAACCUUAAGCAAAUGGAAGAAAAUCACUUCCGGUCACUGGAUAAAAGUCACAGUCACGGAACCAUACUCACCGUGGCAAAACCGUUGCGAACACGAAUUCGGUGCGGUUCGGAUCCAGACACGACUUGUUAUGGAAACGACACAAUGUCCAGAACAGCUUUGGGACUACGCCAUUACCUACGUGGUAAUUGUGCGUAAUAAUACCGCUCGCAAAGCCUUAAAUUGGCAAACGCCAUUAACGGUUAUGACAGGUGACACGAGCGAUAUUUCAGAAUUGUUGGAUUUCGAGUUCUACGAACCGGUACAAUAUUUUGACAAUCCUGAAAUUAAAUUUCCUCAAGCUAAGGCUAAAGUUGGUCGGUGGCUUGGUAUUGCAACAAAUGUUGGACAAGCUAUGUGCUACUAUGUCCUAACAGACAAAGGAACCGUGAUAGCGCGAUCCACAGUCACACCACUUCACAAAGUUGAUUCGACUGCUUUGCAAACCUCUCUUACAGCUUUUGAUGCUAUGAUAAGGGAUAUUUAUCAGCCUACUGAUUUUGCUCACAGCACUAAAAAGCAAGCAGCCUCGUUACGACGAGAUGAAGCAAUGAAGGUUGCCAGAAAAACUGGUGAACCUGAAGAUCCAGGAGUCCGUAAUAGACAUGUUCUGUAUGACUUAAAUGAGGGAGCCGACCAUGACCAAGUGGAACCAGGACUAUCAGUUGAUGAUUACUACGGUAACGACGACGAAAAAGAGUCUGGUUCGUCGGAUCUCCUUGUCGGCAGCGAAGUACUCCUUACUAAGGGAGGUAUACAACAUCUAGGCAAAGUCACCAAGCGUGAUAAAAUGGCCAGCCCAAGGGCUCAAACGAAACAACCAAUUAUGUUGUUGAGUUCAAUGAUGGUACUGAAGAGAUUCAUGGAUACAAUGCUCUGCUUGACGCUGUGUAUAAGCAAGUCGAUGAUGAUGGUAAUGAAUGGUAUACUUUUGAAGAUAUUGUUGACCAUCAAAGGCGCCCACGUGGCGGCCGAGGACGAACGAAAGGUUGGUUCCUCCGUGUUAAAUGGGCCAAUGGUGAAUACACCUGGGAGCCUCUUACCUCUUUAA